AUGCUCGAGACAGAAUAUAACAUGAAUAAUGAUAUAUCUCUCCUGUUCCGAUGUGUGCCAUUGGACUUUGCUGGAGUCAACAUGGCCAAGGUAGUCAACUUCCCCCAAUUAUCCUCCGUCCACCUCGACAAUUACACGAAUCUGUGCACGGCAUUCUUGAGGCACUCCAAGUUCCAGCGCCUUACAUCGCUCGACGGCAUCGCCGCUUCAUUCGAACUCGAAGAUAGCGACAAAUAUGCAAGUCUGUUCGAUGUUUGCAGGCACCACUUUACGCCAUUCUUCAAGAUCCAUCCUGUAGCCCAGCUUGACGUCAUAACUACACCCACAUCAGUACAGGCAGCGGCCCUUUGUAAUCUCGACAAUUCGGUCAGCAACUUGGAAGCGGUGAUGUCUGUCAUGUUGACGCUCCCACUUUUCAAAGAUCUACCGCCUCUCGUUGAUACGGAACUGGUCAACCACAUGGUUCCCCCCAAAUUCCUUGCCGGGAAGGUCGACUGGGCUGGCGCGUGA